AUGGAUAAAGUUUUGAGACCUGAACGGUUUGAUGUUAUUCCGAACGCGCAAGGCGCUGCAAAACGCUGGACGCACUGGCUCGCGACAUUUGAGAACUUCAUCGAUGCAAUACCGUCCAUUCCUGAUACCCGAAUAAAUAAACUACACAUUCUGGAGAAUUAUGUCACCUCUGAUGUUUAUCAACUGUUCUGUGAUACUGAAACCUACGAUGAAGCCAUCACUACGCUGAAAUCCUUAUAUGUCAAGCCUCCGAACGAGAUUUUUGCUCGGCAUAAAUUAGCAACACGGAAACAACAAGCAGGCGAAACCCUUGACGAAUACCUACAAGAACUGAAACACCUAAGUAAAGACUGCAAUUUUCGUCAAGUCUCUGCUGCUCAAUAUCGGGAUGAAGCAAUUCGGGAUGCUUUCAUUAGUGGUCUAUUGUCGGGAAGCAUUCGACAACGUUUACUGGAGAAUAAACAGUUGGAUUUACAUACGGCAGUUGAUCAAGCUCGAGCUUGGGAUUUGGCACAAAAAUCGUCGGAGACAUACAAUUCGAAUCCCUUCACAAGCGCUGCUGUUACGGCAUCUAACGGACAUGACGAAAAUAAUGAAGAAGGACUAAGCGAGAGGUAUUUAGCCUCCACUUCACGUUCCGCUAAGUGCUUCUUUUGUGGUAAUAAGCAACACCCCCGGUCAUUAUGCCUUGCGAAAGAAGCUAUUUGUAAUAAAUGUAAAAAAAGAGGGCACUACCAAAGAGUUUGCCGUUCUUCAGCAGUAGUCUCUAAUUUAACGCAAUCAGCUCACAUAACUCUAGCUGCAAUGGGGGAGUCAUUGCUAAGUUCAUGUAUUGACAUUCGUUUAAAAGAAAGAACUGUUACAGCUCUGGUAGAUUCAGGAAGUACUCAUUGCUUCAUACAUCCUGAUUUGGUUGAGCAACUUUCAUUGACAGUUCAUCAGACCAAAGAAAAAGUUACGAUGGCUACAAGUAAUUAUUCCACAAAAAUGCAAGGAUAUUGUCUUAGUGAUAUCACGUUAAAAGGCCGGUUGUAUUCUCAGGUUAAGCUAUAUAUUCUGCCCAAUCUGUGUACUCAUGUUAUUCUAGGGCAAACUUGGCAAGCCCAGCACGAAAGUGUCACUAUCCAGUACGGGGGUUCUGCCCCUCCUUUGAAACUUUGCAGUUUAACAGCUUUGAACCUAGACCCCCCACUUUUGUUCCAACAUUUAACAGAGGGUUGUAAACCGAUAGCUAUUAAAUCAAGGAAAUAUAGCCGAGAAGACAAAGAAUUUAUUACAACUGAAGUACAAAGGCUUCUAGAUGAAGGUAUAAUUGAACCGAGUGAAUCACCGUGGAGAGCACAAGUGGUCGUAACUAGAAACGAUCGACAAAAAAAAAGAUUAGUGAUUGACUACUCUUGA